CGUGCCAGCAGCUCUGAACACGGCUGUCAGUGUGUAAAACAGGGAUAUUUAUAACAACACGCUGCAGAGAGAGAGAGAGAGAGAGAGUUAUGCUUUAAGUUGCAUGAUUUAGUGUUUUUUAAACUCAAUAAUGUCUCGGAUAUUAAACCUUAUCAGCUGUCAUCUGAGGAGAGAUUUAUCCUCGUGUGGAGGGAGUGCUCGGCUUCCUUUACUGAGAACCAUCUGCUGCACUUCAAGGAAACAAGCACAAGAGAGUGAUGCCACCUCAGCUCUGAGGAAGAGGUGGAAGGACACUGCAGAGACUGUCAUCAUCGGUGGGGGAUGUGUGGGGGUCAGCACGGCCUAUCACCUGGCCAAAGGUGGCAUGAAGGAUGUUGUGCUGCUGGAGAAGUCUGAUCUGACGGCUGGCUCCACCUGGCACGCUGCUGGUUUGACGACAUAUUACCAUCCAGGCAUCAACCUCAAGAAAGUCCACUAUGACAGCGUUAAACUGUACGAGAAGCUGGAGGCUGAGACUGGACAGGCAGUGGGCUUUCAUCAGCCCGGCAGCGUCCGUAUUGCUGCAACGGCGGCUCGAGUGGACGAGAUGAAGUACCAGAUGAGCCGAACACACUGGCAUGUGACGGAGCAGUACAUGAUCGGACCAGAGAAAGUCCUCGAACACUUCCCUCUGCUCAACAUAGACAAGGUGUUGGCAGGUCUGUACACGCCGGGCGACGGCCACAUUGACCCUUACUCUCUGACUAUGGCUCUGGCUGCUGGAGCUCGUAUGCACGGCGCCCAGAUCUACAACCCCGCCCCGGUCACCGCCCUCACCCCGACCGCUGACGGCAAGUGGGACGUCCAAACUCCUCAUGGGACCAUCCGCGCCAACCGCAUCGUCAAUGCAACGGGUUUCUGGGCGCGGGAGGUGGGCAAGAUGAUCGGGUUCGAACACCCGACCAUCCCGGUGCAUCACCAGUACGUCGUGACGGCGACGGUACCGGAGGUGAAGGCUCUGAAGAAGGAGCUGGCCGUCAUCAGGGACCUGGAGGGUUCGUACUACCUGCGUCAGGAGAGAGACGGCCUGCUGUUCGGCCCGUAUGAGAAGAUGGAAAAGAUGGUGCUGCAGGACUCCUGGGUCAGAGAUGGAGUUCCUCCAGGUUUCGGUAAAGAGCUGUUUGAAUCAGACCUGGACAGGAUAAUGGAGCACGUUGAGAUGGCCAUGGAGAUGGUCCCUGUGCUGAAGAAAGCUGACAUCAUCAACAUCGUGUCCGGACCAAUCACGUACACCCCUGACCUGCUGCCCAUGGUCGGACCACACCAAGGAGUUCGCAACUACUGGACGGCCAUUGGCUUCGGGUAUGGAGUCAUCCACGCCGGCGGUAUCGGUAAGUACCUGAGUGACUGGAUCAGGAACGGGGAGCCUCCUUACGACCUGAUAGAAUGCGACCCCAACCGCUACGGCAAAUGGGCAGACGUGCCCUUCCUGUGCGCUAAAGCUCGAGAAUCCUAUGGCUUCAACAAUGUGGUCGGUUACCCGAAGGAGGAGCGAUUCGCCGGUCGACCAACCUACCGAAAAAGCGGCGUUUACAAGCUGCUGAAGGACAAAGCAUCCAUGGGCUUUCACGCUGGCUGGGAACAACCUCACUGGUUCCACAAACCUGGAGAUGACAUCGGAUACAAGCCCAGUUUCAGACGCACCAACUGGUUCAGCCCAGCUGGCAGAGAGUGCAAACUGGUGAUGGAGAAGGUUGGAGUGAUCGACCUGACGCCGUUUGGCAAGUUCGUGGUGAAGGGGAAGGACUCGCACAAGCUGCUGGACCGCCUGUUUGCCAACACCAUGCCAAAGGUGGGACUGACUAACAUCAGCCACAUGCUGACACCCGCUGGGAGAGUCUUUGCCGAGGUCACCAUCACCCAGCUGGCACCGGGAGAGUUCCUGCUCAUCACCGGAUCGGGGUCGGAGGGACACGACCUCAGGUGGAUCGAGGCAGAAGCUGAAGACGGCAGAUACGACGUGGACAUCAGCAACGUGACAGAAGAUAUCGGCGUGUUGGGCAUCGCAGGACCAAACUCUCGUAAAGUUCUCCAGAAGCUGACAGACGCUGAUUUGAGCGACGCCGGGUUCAAAUUCCUCCACUGCAAGCCCAUCAAGUUGGCCGGCAUUACCGUCCGGGCCAUCAGGAUCUCCUACACAGGUGAGCUCGGCUGGGAGCUGUACAUCGAGCAGAAGCACAUGGCAGCUGUGUAUCAGGCCAUGAUGGACGCAGGAAAAGACGAAGGCAUCGACAAUUUCGGCACCUACGCCAUGUCCUCCCUCCGACUGGAGAAGGGCUUCAGAGGCUGGGGAGCUGAGAUGAACUGUGACACAAAUCCUCUGGAGGCUGGACUGGAAUAUUUCAUCAAACUGAACAAGCCCGCUGACUUUAUUGGCAAAGCAGCCCUUCAGGAGAUCAAAGCGAAGGGCCUGAAGAGGAAGUUGUCCUACAUCACGCUGGACACGGACGACAUCGACCCUGAAGGCAACGAGACCAUCUGGCUCAACGGCAAGGUGGUCGGUAACACGACAUCCGGCGCCUACAGCUACAGCACCCAGCAGAGCCUGGCGUUCGCCUACCUGCCUGUGGAGCUGUGCUCGGUGGGCCAGAAGGUGGAGGUGGAGCUGCUGGGGAGGAAAUACCCCGCGAUGGUCAUCCAGGAGCCCUUAGUCCUCACCGAGCCCACACGGACCCGGCUGCAGAAGAAAGCAAAGGGAAAAGCAUAAGACUGUCCUCGGAUCAGUUUCUCACCCGCUAAUGAAGAACGAUUUUACUGUGAUGUAUCAAUGAGAGUCUUAUGUGGAUGUGGAUGUGUGGCCAGUUUAGGGGGAAAAGAGUCGCAUCACUUCACAACUUCCUGUUUGGUCUAGACGAGGAGGAAGUUCAGCAUGUGAGAGUGCUAUAGUACGUCUUAUGAAUGUGUUUAUGAGCAAAGGGAAAUCAACGACUGUCUGUCCACGAUGUCUUACGGUGCUGGAAGAGUAAUUUACUUUUUUGUAAUUCCUUGAAUGGAUGUGAAAUGUUUUACAGGUCAACAGUUUGCUUGAUUCUUGAAAUUUCAGCUGAAACGGUACAAAUGAAAAAAUGUGUUUAUUUGAAAACAAAAAAAAUAAAUAGCGCUUCAUUUUUCAUGAUCAUAAUAAGAGCGCUCUGGGACUGUGUUAAAUGUGACAACAUAUAUAAACACCAAUAACCAAAACAAACAGAAUGCUUGCAAACUUGUACAAAGAUUGUUUUAUAAAUCUGUCUUUUUUUUCUAAUAUGUAAUUAAAUCUGUUUACAUUAAUAACUUGAUAAUUAAAUCAAUGCACUCACUGUCUCAUA